CAUGCGCUAGGGCGGGAGGCCGGGUCGGGGGCGCGCGCUCUGCGAGCUGGAUGUCCGGGCUGCGGACGCUGCUGGGGCUCGGGCUGCUGGUUGCGGGCUCGCGCCUGUCGCGCGUCAGAGUCCAGGCCGGCGUCUGUCGCACGGGACCCACGUGGUGGGAGCCGCGGCGCCUGAGCUCGGGCGGCCGCGGGGACGCAGGGAUCAUGGCGAGCACGGGGGUGAAGUACCUGAGCCAGGAGGAGGCCCAGGCCGUGGACGAGGAGCUUUUUAACGAGUACCAGUUCAGCGUGGACCAACUGAUGGAGCUGGCUGGGCUGAGCUGCGCCACAGCCAUUGCCAAGGCCUAUCCCCCAACGUCCAUGUCCAGGAGCCCCCCUACUGUCCUGGUCGUCUGUGGCCCCGGGAAUAAUGGAGGAGAUGGCCUGGUCUGUGCCCGACACCUCAAACUCUUUGGCUACCAGCCAACCAUCUAUUACCCCAAAAGGCCUAACAAGCCACUCUUCACUGCACUGGUGACCCAGUGUCAGAAAAUGGACAUCCCUUUCCUUGGUGAAAUGCCCCCAGAGUCCAUGCUGAUUGAUGAACUCUAUGAGCUGGUCGUAGAUGCCAUUUUUGGCUUCAGCUUCAAGGGUGACGUUCGGGAGCCAUUUCGCAGCAUCCUGAGUGUCCUGAAUGGACUCACUGUGCCCAUUGCCAGCAUCGACAUUCCCUCAGGCUGGGAUGUGGAGAAAGGAAACUCUGGAGGGAUCCAGCCAGAUUUGCUCAUCUCCCUGACAGCACCCAAAAAGUCUGCAACCCACUUUACUGGUCGCUACCACUACCUGGGGGGUCGUUUCGUGCCACCUGCUCUGGAAAAGAAGUACCAGCUGAAUCUGCCACCCUACCCUGACACUGAGUGUGUCUAUCGUCUGCAAUGAGGGAAGGUGGGUGGGCAUUCUUCCCAAUAAAGACUUAGUGCCUCUCUCUCCCAGAA